UUAUUUUAGAAAAGCCAGUCUUCUGUCUAUCCACUCCGCUUCUUCGUCCAGUCCGCACCGACGAAAGAAGGCCAGCAGUCCUGCGUACCUACUGACGACGUCGCAGCCCGUCAGAGUUUGCAACUUGCGGAGAUCCACGGGACACAGCGUCAUGGACUGGCGGAAGUCCUCCCGCAGGUGACCCGAUCCGUUCAUGAGACAAGAGAACCAGACGCAGUGGUCCAACCCGAGGAGAUGCCCCAACUCGUGAACCAACAACUUACAGCCGCGCUGUAGCACGGUCUUCCGGCGAUCGGCGCGUAACAUCGCCUGCGAGGUUUUCACUUCGUGCCAGAACUCGGACGAGAACGAGAGGCCGGGGUCGUAGCGAAAGAAGCUAAAGACUGCGACUCUGUGGCUGCCGGCGGCCAGGCCGGCAACAAAGAGAUCGGGAUCAUCGGAGUACAGGUCUAGCAUGGUGAGACCGACUAGACAGAGUGCGUCGUCAGGUAGCGUGCGACGGAGCCGCGCCAAAACUGAUGGGCAAUGCAGUUGCAAGUGUCCGUCUUUCUGCCGGAAAUCCAGGCGGCAUUUCGUCAAACGCGGAGAUUUUCUCUCGGCUCUCUUAUCCAUUCGACCCUUCAUUGCUGCCGAUUCUAUCCAGUAGAUGGAAGAGUCUUCUUCUUCCAGGGUCACCACAGGCAACACUUCCACCGGCAAGCAGAAAAAUAGGCGCGCAUACUCGGCCAGGUCGUAAAAAUUCGGCGCGUCGCCCGCGUCAAAAUUUCCCAGAGGCUGUAAAUAUAUUUUUGUGCCCGGGUAUUUCUCGAGGAUGUUUCGGCCACUUGUUACAAAUGCGCCCUUGUGGUACUUCCACUUUCUCUUGGAGAGCCAAGGACAUUCCGAGAUGAACUGGCCGUAUGUCUGACCUUCCUCGUUGUACUGGGCCAGCCAGUCGUCGAUCGAGGUGGGUGCUGGAACAGGCGAAAAGAACCCGUCUCCAGUCUGAAACUCUUUCGCGCCUCCAGAUAUCUUCCCGAGAGCUGCGACACGUUGCUUCUCCGUCGGUGGGCGAUAUCCCUUCGCGUAGGGAACGACAAUCUCUCGCCGCUUCCCUCCGCCGCCACGCCCUCUUCUCCGCUGUUUGGGCAUAAUUUUGAUCGGUCCGAAACGGCACCACGCCUUUUUUUAUGCAUACGCGCGCCGAUGGAAGGACCCGUUGAAUAUCUAAGCGAAUGGCCACCUUCCACGAAGCAUCAACCGACAGCAACUAAAAGAGGAAACGAAGAGCUUCAAACAGUCCCACCUAAACGAACGAAAACCGUACCUCAUUCCACCUUUGACUCACGGCAUGAAGGACUUUGUCGGCCUUCCGUUGGGGAGGGGUUGGUUGUGCGAGCACCCACUGUCCCCAUAUCUACUCUCCUGGCUCAAUGGUGGAAGUCCUUCGUCAGGUCUCGCGCUGGGCCCGGCACACCAGAGACUGUCAUCUCCUCAUCCCACAAUCCUCGCACUCUUCUUCAUCACAUCAGCAAGUAUGCACACACCAUAUGGCAAAAAACUAAGUCUCACUGGACACUCUUUGGCCUCGAUCCCAGGAUAGGGUAUUAGAGAUAAUGACGUAAUAUGUGUGCAAGUUAUGCACGAAGAAGGGUUUGACAAGUAAAACUACUACAUACACUAUAAUUUUUGCUGCUUUCCAUGCCUAUGGUCAUAUGUACAGUUGUACAAGUAAGCUUGGAAGGUCUGGAAAAAGGGUUAACUCAUUUGCCAGGCUCCCUGAGGCGAGGGGUUUCCUAACAGCUAGAGUCAAGUACCUUGAGACGCUGGACGAAGACGCGGCAACUCACCACGCUCUGGCUGCCACACACUAUCUCCUGCAGCACUACAGCAAGGCUCUCGAAUAUGCCAGGAAGGCAUUAGGGGGAGACCCUGACAAUAAGGAGCUACUCUGGCAUCAUGAGCUCGUUGUGCGACAGAACAAAGUUCUCCAGGAGGGAGCAGACAAACUAGCUGGGCUUGCUUUAUCAGAACACCUCAAGAUGCCAAAAGCAGCCCAAGUGGAGAGAAGGAGUGCAGUUGAUCUGAGUUACGAAGAGUUCUUCACAGAGUAUGCUCUCACACAUACUCCUGUUGUGAUCACUGAUGCAGUCGAUAAGAUGGUCACACAACCGUGGACAUUUGACCUCAUCAAAGAGGUGAUGGGUAGUAAGGUGGCUCCAUUGAAGAGAGUGGUUCAUGGGAGUGUGGAGUGGGCCAGACUGGAACCAGCCGGCGAGACCUCAGUCUCUCAGUUUGUCGACUCCAUCUGUCAAGACACUAGCUCCACCGAGUUGAGGUAUCUGUUUGACUGGAGCCUCCCCCUACACUGUCCUGAGCUGGCCAAGCAGCUCACAAUCCCGCGCUACUAUGCCGGAGACUAUCUCCAGAGGACCCCACCGGGGUCUCUGUACCGAGACAGCUGGCCCAGUCUCUUCCUCUCUCCGGCUGGUGUCACCAGCGAACUCCACGUGGACGCCUUCGGAUCCAACUUCUGGAUGGCCCUCUUUCAAGGCAGGAAAAGGUGGACAUUCUUCCCACCAGAAGACCUCCCACUUCUCUACCCCCUCUUCCCGGACUCGACUGACGCUGUGUUCCAAGUGGAUCUCUCGCAACCAGACCUCUCCCUCCACCCUCUCCUCUCCCUCUCCCACCCCACCCAGGUCACCCUAUCUCCCGGGGAGCUCCUGUUCGUUCCGGCCGGCUCCCCACACAGAGUCGAAAACCUAGAACCAUCCCUCGCCAUAUCUGCCAAUUUCGUAGACUCUUCGAACCUCGAUGAAGUUGUUAGAGAACUGAGAGUGAAUGGGCUGAGAGAUCCACGAGCACAGGCACUACUGGAGGCAAUAGAGGACCCAGAGUUCCGUAGGGAAAUGGACUAUGGGCAGAACGACCUCCCUUGGAAUGAGUUUAAGACAUGGCCUAGAUAGCCGGCUUUGAAGGUUGAAGAUUGGGAAACGCUGAAAGUGGCAAUCAAGCUAGUAUUCCCGAUUAACGUUCACCAAAAUGUUUUAUUGACUAGUGCAUUACUGGUGUGUGUGGCAUUAGCUAUACUCUUGAAAG